GAUUUGAAGACUAGUGUACUUGAAGAAGACUCAAUGGAGCAGGACGUGGAGAGCCCUGUCACGAUUCAGCAGCCAAAGUUGCCCAAACAAGCUAGAGAGGAUCUUCCAAAACACAUAAGCAAAGUAUGUACCAAGAGAAAAAUUCAGAGGUAUGUUAGGAAAGAUGGGAAAUGCAACGUACACCAUGGGAACGUGAGAGAGACUUAUCGUUAUCUGAGUGAUAUCUUCACUACCUUAGUCGACCUCAAAUGGAGGUUCAACCUUUUGAUUUUUGUCAUGGUUUACACUGUGACGUGGCUCUUCUUUGGAAUGAUCUGGUGGCUAAUUGCUUACAUCCGAGGUGAUAUGGAACAUAUAGGAGACAAUACAUGGACCCCAUGUGUCAGUAACCUCAAUGGGUUUGUCUCAGCCUUUUUAUUCUCAAUAGAGACAGAAACCACCAUCGGGUAUGGUUAUCGGGUCAUCACUGACAAAUGUCCCGAGGGAAUUAUUCUGCUUUUAGUUCAGUCUGUUUUAGGUUCUAUUGUCAAUGCUUUUAUGGUUGGUUGCAUGUUUGUGAAAAUAUCCCAGCCCAAGAAGAGGGCAGAAACCCUGGUCUUUUCUACCAACGCAGUCAUUUCCAUGCGGGAUGGGAAGCUGUGCCUGAUGUUCCGAGUAGGGGACCUUAGGAAUUCACACAUUGUGGAGGCAUCAAUACGAGCCAAGUUGAUCAAAUCUAAACAGACAAAGGAGGGGGAAUUUAUACCACUCAACCAGACAGAUAUCAACGUAGGUUAUUACACAGGGGAUGAUCGACUCUUUUUGGUUUCACCACUGAUCAUCAGCCAUGAAAUUAACCAGCAGAGUCCUUUCUGGGAGAUUUCCAAAGACCAAUUGCCCAAAGAGGAACUAGAAAUUGUUGUAAUUCUAGAAGGCAUGGUGGAGGCAACAGGAAUGACAUGCCAAGCACGAAGUUCUUACAUAACCAGUGAGAUCCUGUGGGGUCAUCGUUUUACACCUGUCCUCACGCUAGAGGAUGGAUUUUAUGAAGUUGACUACAACAGCUUUCAUGAAACAUAUGAGACCAACACACCAUCUUACAGUGCCAAAGAACUGGCAGAGAUGGCCAGCCGAGCAGAACUGCCCCUGACUUGGUCUGUGUCCAGCAAACUAAACCAGCAUGCUGACCUGGAAACUGAAGAGAGGGGAAAGAACCACGAAGACCAAACCGAAAGGAAUGGUGAUGUGGCAAACUUAGAGAAUGAAUCCAAAGUUUGAACCAGCAGAGGUUCACCACACAACCUCUUUUUUCUUUUUGAUCCUUCCCUUUUUAUGAUGACAAGAAAAGAAAUAUUUAAAGUUUGAAAUGUCUACCUGCCCAAACAAAUCAACAGAUUCAUAAAAUAAGCAAAGCCAUGAGUUAAAGCUGCAAUAUCCCUUAUAUACAAUGAAAUCUCUGAUCACUGCCCUUCCAAUAAUUGCAUAUUUCCUCUGGACUAAUACAAGUUUAUGACCACAGGUGUGUUUAAAAAGGAACCAAAAAAAAAGGGGAGGGCAAAACUUAGUAUCUGGGAUAAUAAAAGGAAAGACUGUGAUUAAUGUUUGUUAAUACCGUGGGCCUUGGCUCUAAUUUUUAUAUAUUUCAAGACAGUUUCAUAAACAGGAUGUGAUGCCUCCAAUGAAAAUGGGCAUUGCAGCUUUAAGACCAAGGUGAGCAGAAAGAGCUGCAGUUCAACAGGAUACUGUAUAUAUGCCUUAUGUAAUUACUUUCUCUUUACAUUUAGUAAUAAACCCAGCAUGUACAAAAGUACUGUAGUAAAGAACUUCUAAAUAAUGUACAUAGAUGUGUAAUUAAUGUAGGUUUAGAUACAUAAUUCUAGAAAUAUUGGGAUGCAAAAAACUGAAUAGGCAUUUCUGUUUUAAUAUUUGGAGUAUAUUAGUUUCUCUCCUAUAUAUCUGGCCCUUUUUGUGCACAACAUUUUCUUCAGUGUACCAGACUGGCAGCUAUUUAGAAGACCUCACUGUCUCCCUAACAAAUCAUUUUACUGAUUCUAAAAAGCCAUAAGUCUGGUGGGAGGGCAGGGGGGAGAAAUUGAAACAUUACUGAUAUACUGUGAAACUGUUUACAAAAAUGAUUCUAUCUUUUGUAAUAAUAGGGUAAACCAGUCCUGGCUAUUUUUGGCAAUUCAGCCUGAAUUAGACUGUGGCAGAUUCUUGGAAAACACAAGAAUCUCCAGUAUACUGUUAAUAUAAAAAGCAUGUUCAUGUUGGGCUAGGACCCUGUAAGUGCACUACCAUGGGAAGCUAUUCUUUUUUCCCUAAACCAUUGGAUUAAAACUAUGUAGUUUUCUAUAUAAACAAUAUAAGCCAUUAAAAAUUCUGAACAUUAUUCAUAGGUAAGUAGAGAACACUUUUAACUACUCGGUCUGGGAAGAAAUAAUUGAAUUUCAUCUGAAGUUGUAGUCAGUGAGAUUCAUUCGUUAACAUCAUUAGCACUUUGUUGGUCCUGAAAAUUCCCAAAAGGCUUUAUGGCCCUAGGUAAUUUUCAUCAGGGUUUCUCAUAUAAAAGCCCACUCCUGACAUCUCUAUUCAGGUGAGUGGACCCUCCCACCCUUACUCAUAUUGGGCCAAAACCUCAGCUGAUUUAAAUAAUUUUGAGUUGAUGCAACAUAACUAUGAUGAUUUGCCUGAUUUACACCAGCUGAGCAUCUGGUCCAUAGAGUAGUACCUAACUUCUCAAAUACACUCAGUGUGAGGUGACUCACAGUGUAUGGUAUUACUCAGUGCAAGGAUUGUUGCAUCAGGCCCUGUGUGCAUAAAAUAGUAUUAAUUCAAAUAAAAGACUCCCAUUGAAUUCAGUAGGCUUUGGCUCUGGCCCAUAUAGAGUACCAUUUCCCUCAGUCAAGAGGAAAACAAACUGCAGCCUUAAUUUUCUUUUUGUACCUGCCUAGUCUGGAAAGGAAAAAUACACUGAAAAGAAUUUAAAGUUAUUUUGGGUUUUGUUUGUACAGAAGCUUUUAAAUUCAAAUAGAAGGAAAAAACCUCAGGAGAAACCUAGUGGGCAGGUGGAAAUUUUGCACUGUGAUAUAUCCUUCACAUUAAUUUCACAUCUAUACACUGUUUUUACUGCAACACGAUUGCCCAUCCUUUAUUUUCAUUGAGUGGUUAAGAGUUGAUUUGGCUCCUACAGCUAUGAUUGCCUACAGGCGGAGGUUUUGCACACCUGGAUCAUGCCAAUCUAAACAGCUAAGCCUCGUGUCUGCUUUAUUUCUGAAAAUUCUCUCUAACAGAUUUUCACAAAGAAGCUACUCAUACAAUUCCACAAUUUAAGCAAUUGUUCAAAAGAUGUAUUUUCAUCCCCUCCACCAGAAUGACUGAUUUCAUCAGGUAGUUACAGAUUGUUGCUUAUUUUCAUUUAAUUUGGCAAAAUAAAACUGGUUUUGCUACAGACACUUUUAAAAUACAAUGGUAUCCUUUGUUUACUGACACUGUCAAAAUCUGCUGAGUACUAUGGUUUAUACAGCACACCCUGUCUUUAAGGCUGCUCUUGAGAGCCAAGGAAUUCACACAGUAGAGCAGAGUGUAUGCGUGCUUCUUAAGGUGUUCUAAGGGAAGGAGUCACUCUGAAAUUUCAUUGAGGAACAGUAGUCGCAUAUCAGAGGUAGUCUGAUAAGGGAGAACCCCGUAGCAAAGGUACUUGCUAAAAGUAAUGAAGCACAGCCUGCGGUGGGGGGCUCAGCCUGUCUGUGUCAGCCUGUAGUCCUAGAGCAGAGUACAUGAGUUUAAAGCAAAGAACUCCUCUUAGGAUGGAUCUGCUUUUUGCUCUUGUAAUUUGCCCUUCUAUAAUCCACCACUGCAGUUUAAGACGACUUUGUUCUGUUCAAUAAAACAGCGGCUUUUAAACCUUUUUGUGCCCUUUAGUACAAAAAAAUAGACUUUAUGUUAGUGGGGCAUGCGCAUGGUAAGUUAUAUUUUUGUGACUAGGGCACUUAAAGCUUGAAGGUCUGUCUCUGUCUCUCAUGGUCUUUGCUAUUCAUGUGGUAUGAAAUGUAAAGUUUACAAAAAAUCUCAUUUUUGUAACGUAAGCUUAAAAAUGAAAAAAGUCUCCAAGGCUUUCAACUGGGAAGCUUCACAGAAACUUUGUACUAGAAUGUCCCUAUCAAACACCUCUAUUUUUCUACAAUGAUUGAUUAAGUCGUUUAACAAUGUAUUUUGUGUCAACAAUUUCAACUGAACUGUUAAAAACAAUUAAGAAUUGAAUGCUGUUAAUUAACAAUGGAUUUUCA